AUGAGUUCAUCAACGCCUCCACGUACUACCAGAGGGGUAAUGCAAUACCUUUUGAGCUGUGAUGCACCUUCUCCUGCUACUCCUCAGCCUUCUAAAUACACACCAACGGCGAGAAACCAAGUCCCAGUCGGCAGUGUUUACGAAGUCUUCGACAAAUACUAUCGCAAUGUCACCAAAUUUCACAUCUGCGGCCACAUUGGCGACAAAAUAGCGGUGUCAGCCGACGAAGUAUGUUACACCUUGCCCGAUGCCUGCUAUUGGAUAUGCCCCGAAGCCUGUGAAGAAGGGUUUGGAACGAAGUCAUGUGGACAGGAUAACGCAGAAUUACUUGGCAUGACUGGCGAAGAGGCGCGUAAAAGUUCCGCGGGACUUUUGUAUAAACAGUGGGGAGAAUAUUUGACAAAAUGUCAAGAAAUGAAAAGACCGUUGUCGGGAUAUGAAUCAGUACAUGCCAGAAGAAAGAUUUGCGGAGGGAGAAUGAAAAGACGAAGAAGCGAUUGUGGUAGAAAGAUUGGAAAGAUUGGAAAGAUUGGAAAGAUUGGAAAGAUUGGAAAGAUUGGAAAGAUUGGAAAGAUUGGAAAGAUUGGAAAGAUUGGAAAGAUUGGAAAGAUUGGAAAGAUUGGAAAGAUUGGAAAGAUUGGAAAGAUUGGAAAGAUUGGAAAGAUUGGAAAGAUUGGAAAGAUUGGAAAGAUUGGAAAGAUUGGAAAGAUUGGAAAGAUUGGAAAAAGAUAUGCUCAAUGA